UUCCAGAUGUUGUUUUUGGAUUGUGUUAAAUUCGAAGAAGAUCUUAUAAACGUUCUUAAAUAAUAAACUGUAGCAAUGGAGCCUACAUUUAAGUUCCACACAAUGGAGUUUGUUGACUUCAUACGCAUCCCAAAGGUGGAUGACGUUGUUCUCCAUCGCCAUGGUUACCGGCCAGUAUGCGGUACACUCUGUCUCACUGGACACCACAUGAUUCUUUCAUCUCGGCAAACAAAUUCAGAAGAAUUAUGGCUCCUUCAUAACAACGUGGACAGCUUGGAGAAGAAGUUUGUGGGUUGCACUGGUCAGCUGACGGUCAAAUGCAAGGACUUUGGCAUUAUCCGACUGGACAUUGUUGGGAUGGAUGAAUGCCUAAAGGUAGCAGAGACUAUUGAAUCUCUUUCUAGUCUUGAGCCAGUGACGUUAACUUAUCCGUUCUUCUACCGAAGUACGUUUGAUGAACUGGAGGAUGGCUGGCAUGCCUUCUUACCAGAGAACGAGUUUGCGAGGCUUGCGAGUGAUGACUGGAGAAUCAGUUAUGUGAAUAAGAACUUCCAGAUCUGUCCAAGCUAUCCUCCCGCUGUGAUAGUGCCCAAGUCAAUAGACGAUGAUGCGUUGGUGCAAUCAGCCGCAUUCCGUUCUGGAGGAAGGUUCCCUGUUCUCAGCUACAUGCAUACUGCCCAGAAAAUAGAACCCAAAGCAAGUAGAGGAGUUAAGACGGUUAUCCUACGAAGUAGUCAGCCACUGACCGGGACCAACACAAAACGAUGCAAGGAUGAUGAGAGAUUGUUAAACGCUGCCCUCAGUGUUGGAAAGAGGGGAUACAUCAUCGAUACAAGGUCAUUGAAUGGCGCUAUGGCCGCGAGGACCAAAGGUGGUGGUUUUGAGACAGAAGUGAAUUAUCCCCAAUGGAGGCGUGUCAAUAAGCCUCUUGAUAAACCCAGUAUCCUACAAGAAUCUCUCUGUAAACUACUUGAAGCAUGCAUGGACAAUGGAUGCUCUGCCGACAAAUGGAUCAGUCGUCUUACAAACUGCGGCUGGUUACACCAUGUUAAGGAGACGCUCACCACAGCCUGCUUAGUUGCACAGUGUGUUGAUAGAGAGAAUUCUGCUGUUCUUGUUCAUGGGUCAGAAGGUCUGGAUGCGAGUCUACAGGUGACCUCGUUGGCUCAGGUUAUUCUCGAUUUAGACUGCAGAACAGUGAGGGGCUUUGAAGCUCUCAUCGAGAGAGAAUGGAUCCAAGCUGGCCAUCCGUUCCUCAGCAGAUGUUCCAAAUCAGUCUUCUCUCAGAGCAAGAACAAAUACGCUGGUCCGGUGUUUCUUCUCUUCUUAGACUGUGUCUGGCAGAUUUUCCAACAAUUCCCAUGCUCCUUUGAGUUCAACGAGAAAUUCCUCAUCAUGCUGUUUGAGAAUGCAUACGCAAGCCAGUUCGGUACAUUUUUGUGCAAUAAUGAGAAUGAAAGAAGAAUGGCUCGAGUAUCUGAGAAAACAGUUUCUCUUUGGACAUACAUCAACCGUCCUCAGAUUCUCCAGACAUUCUUCAAUCCCCUCUACCAACCCAAUCAGCAGGUCAUCUGGCCUUCAGUUGCCCCACAGAGCCUGGCGCUAUGGUCAAGCCUUUACAUGAGAUGGACGUUGAGUGAUACAGUGACCAGUAUACCCACACAGGUCAUCAGAGAUAUUAAACAGAGUGAUAAAGAACUCAGGUUAAAGGUCAACGAACUAAGGAGGCAAUUGGCAGAUCUUCAAAAGGAAGCCUUAGAGAAAGGGUUGAUCAGCGAUUGAAUGCCAGCCAAUUACUCUACAUUCCUUUGUUUUCUCUCUCAUGAGGACUGUAGUUAAGAUCAGUCCAUUGUGAUGUCACAAAAGAAGUGGACUUGUCUAUUUUCUCAUGGGCAAUUCUUUUGAAGUAUGUACAUCCAACCCGCUAUAUGCAGGACGUUCUUUAAUUGAUACAUCCUCCUUUGUGCUUCAUAUGAACAGGGCCCUGUCCCACAAAGAAUGACGUAGAUCCAAUCAACGACAACUUUGGAAAGCCAGCAUCUGCAACAUUUAAGAUACAUAUUUCAUUAAAAAAUAUUUCCUAGAUAUACUGUAUAUUCAUACAUUCAUAGUGUUCUUGAAAAUUAAUUUUGCUUCUCUUUGCUUACAAAGGACAUUGUGCAAUUUUCCUGAAGAGGAAAUUAUGACGUUGAUGGAUUUCCAUAUACGUGAGGUUGAUCGGAUCAAUAGGAACUCUUUGUAGACAGGGUCCAGGGCCUCCGUCUUACAAAGAGUUACGAUUGAUCCAGUCAAUUGUAACUCUAUGGAAAUCCAUCAGUGUCAUAAUUUUUUUCUACGAAAAGUUUGCACAAUGUUCAAUGUAUGCAAAGAGAAGCGCAGUGAAUUUUCAAGAAAACUAUGAAUGCAUAAAUAUACAUCAUAGCGAGAAAAUGCUUUGAGCAAACGUGUAAAAUAGAUGUUGACGUUGCCGGCCGUCCAUAGUUGCAAUUGAUCGGAUCAAUCGUAACUCUUUGUAAGACAGGUGUAAUGUUCUCAUUAUGGCUUUAGUAGGUCAUGUAGAGAGGUAAAAAUAGAGAAAAUUGUGGGUCAGGCGAACAAAUAAGUUAAUGAUUUUUGGGAGAUUUUCCGCAUGAUAAUUGGCAAGGUGAAGAUUCCCUUCACCAGAUGGUGGUCAAUGAACAUCUGGGUCCCUUAACACAAAGGUUAGUUAUUAAUCGUACGCUUGAUUUUCACGACUGAUUGUAAAUUGUAGUCAAUACAGUCAAUCGUAGAACAUUUUUGUACGAUCAUUGCUAAGCUUUGUGUUAAGGGCCCCAGGGGUGUGUUUCAUGAAGCAUCUUGUCAGUGAUUUUGACUGGCAGUGUUGCUCUGAGCCAAUCGGAUGCAAGGAUUUCAGUAGCUUGUAACAAUGGUCAGUUAAAAUCGAUGAUUAUUUGUUUCAUUUAAUGCCACCUUUUUAGGUUAAGGCUUAUGACAUUCUGAACCGUAGAUAACGGCUUCAGCACAUGAACAAAAAAAUCAGAUACUUGAACCAUGUUAUGUAAAUGCAUUGAAUGCUGAAUUCUAUAAUUACCUCCCGGUACCAGUAGGCAAUGGGGUUAGACAGUUUGACUUGAAUUCUCAAAGGUGGUUCUCUCGCCAUUGUUUGGUUUCUUUGGAAACCUCAAUGAAUUCUAGCUAAAAAUCAGGUACAUAAUGCAAUUCAUCAUCAUUGUCAUAUGCAGUAACACCUGCAUAAUUCGUAUCUCUUGGUAUUAUACUCUAAAUCUCGUCAACUAUGAUGAAAUUCAACUCAAAACAUGAUGUAAAUAAAUAUUAUAUGGUAUUAUACUCUAAAUCUCGUCCACUUUGAUGAAAUUCAACUCAAAACAUGAUGUAAAUAAAUAAUAUAUUUAUGCCUAGACUGCAUUAUUUGAGGUCCAAUAAGGCACACUGUAAUGUACAUAACAAGUUAGAUUAUCUGUCGUGGUGUUCUAAACAGAAUGGAACUUUUAAAUGGGAAUCCCCUUCUAUUAGUUGUACAGUAAGCUUCACAAAUAAGAUUUCUGCUGUUCAGUGUCUUUAUUAUGCAUUACAAGAUGUGGAAGUGCUUUUUGUGUUAGAGGCUAUGAAGCAAGCAUUAUAGUGUGCUAGAUGUUAUACUUGUUCUGUCUUUGAUUUCAUCGAACCAUGCCCUUCCUUUUAAUACUUCUCUAUAUUAGCCUAUAUGAACAUUUAAUACUAUAAGCAAUUUAAUUUCAAUUAAAUAUCAAUUUAUAUCAUUCAAAAGUAAAAACAAUUUUGAGGUAAAAAUAUAUAUAAAAUAAGAUAGAAUGUGGAGACAGCUUGGACGAACAUUAACCCUUUGCGCGCUGAUGUUGCAAUUUUCCAUAUUCGUACAAUUAAUUCAACAAUUGUAAUAAUUAGUUUUCUCCCUUACCUUCAAAUUAGAUAAGCUAAUAAAAAGCAAUAGUUAUUGGAUGACAUCUACAUGUAUAUAAUAAUAAUAAGUAUCAAUUGUGCAAUAUGGAUAUAUUGAAUGGAAACAAUUGUCAUUAUUAUCCCCCAAAAUUAAUUCAGUGUGCAAAGAGUUAAAGUCUUGUGAAAUGCGUCCACCAGUGUAUCACAUUGGUUUCAAUAGUACAAUUUUUACCUCUGGCCCAGUGGAUUAUUCCCCAGACUUUGGAAUAGAGUGCCAUAGGUUCAAUAUCCAUCAAUGGUAUAAUUUCCUUCAGCAACAUAUUGAUCCACAUUGUGCUGCUCUCAACCCAGGUGAGAUAGAUAUUACCUACUAGGAUUUAAUUGUGACCUGCCACCCCAAAAUCAACAAUAAGUCGAUCAAAAUGAAUAUUGAGAUUGUUAUGUAGCUUGAAAAUUCAUUUCCUAAGCUUUAAAAUGAUAUAUAAUAUGUUAACCCUAAAUCUCCCGGGUUAUUUUGAUUCUUGUCAUUCCGGGGGGGGGGGCAUUAUGGCCCCCCUUAAGAUCUCGGCCGCCGAUCACGCGAGCGAUGCAAAAAUUUGCACGCUGGUAGUGUGUGAUGUAAUCUACAAGGCUGUAUGGUAAAAGUUUCCAAAAUAAUGAGAUAUUAUUUUAUAUGAAUUAAUUAUGCUAAUUUAUGCAUAAAUCAUACUUUUUGCUCUAAUUCACUAAAUUAAGCUCCUAGAAUGCUAAUUUUUGGUAAAAAUAUUCUGUUGCAUUCUUAACAAUCGCAAUUAAAAAAAACCUCGGUUUUGAAAUCAAUUUCUUAUGUAUUUUAUUGUUUUAUGAAUUUAUUAUGUAUUUCUAUGUUUUUUUACUUUUUGUUUUUUAUUGUUUUUUCAAUGGAAAUCGUUCCAGACUUAAUUCUGAUCAUAAACAAGGCAAAAUUAAUUAGGUUUAAUCAGUAAAAGUAGAAAUAAUGAUACAUUUAUGAAUUUUGGAUAAAUACACAAUGUGCAUUGGAUUUGUACAUGAAAUCAUGUUUAUGAACAAUUUUGGGUCUGACAUGCACUUACAUAAUGUUGCAUAAUGUCGUAACCGCGUACCCGGGCAUCCCAAAUUUGGUCUCAAAAUUUGCGCGAGACUUGAAAGUAAAAAGUCAGUGAGCGGUGAGAUCAAAAGAUUUUGCGCAGCAGAUAUAUCGCGAAAAUUGUCGAGGGGGG